CUCCACACCUCAAUCCCACUCAAGCGCCUCGAUACAGUCUGCUGGAGGAUGGCCGGGAUAUCUGAUGAACAGGUGGAAGACCUCAAACACGAACUGAGUGGGGCAAAGGGCAUCAAAGUAGCCGGCAUCGAUUGCGACGGUAUCCUCCGAGGAAAAGUGAUGCAACCAAGCAAGUUCUUCUCAGCACUCAAGAAUGACGGGUUUGGCUUUUGUUCAGUGACUUUCGGCUGGGAUAUGCACGAUAAGACAUACGAUGGUGUCUCGAGUAUUUCAAAUACCGAGAAUGGCUUUACUGAUAUCACUGCCAAAGUGGAUGUUGACUCGAAGCGGCUGUUGCCUUGGGAUGACCAACAGCCCUUCUUCCUACUCACGUUUCAUGAUAUUUCGGGAUCACCUAUUCCACCGUGUCCUCGCUCUCUUCUUGCAGCACAAGCCGACAAAGCAAAAGACAUGGGCUUCAAGUGUAUGGCUGGCUUGGAACUCGAAUUCUUCAACUUUCACGAGGAUCCGGCGUCUCUUGGCAGCAAAGCCGGUCGUGGACUAACACACCUGACGCCUGGCAACUUUGGUUACAGUAUGCUGAGACCUAUGGCAAAGCACACGCGUGACUACUUCAAGGAAAUUUACGAACAAGCCAUCGAGUUAGAGUGUCCCAUUGAAGGCUGGCAUACCGAGACGGGUCCUGGUGUGUAUGAAGCAGCGCUUGCAUUUGAUGAAGUGACACGUAUGGCGGAUAAUGGUACCCUAUUCAAGUUUCUAUGCAAAAGCCUCGGUCUCAAGCAUGGUAUCACCCCGUGUUUUAUGGCGAAACCGGUUGCUGGUAUGUCUGGCAAUAGCGGACAUAUUCACAUGUCCCUCGCAGACCCAGAUGGGACCAACCUCUUUGCACGAAACAGCACAGACGAAGCGUCACCUUACCCAGACGUCAAAGACUUUUCCGACAUUGGCCGCUACUUCACAGCGGGUGUCCUUGAAGGUCUACCGGAUAUCAUGCCCUUGCUUGCACCAAACAUAAACAGCUACAAACGACUUGUGGAGAACUACUGGGCCCCUGUGGACGUCUCGUGGGGACUCGAACAUCGUCUGGCGAGCGUCAGAUUGAUUGCGCCACCGACUUGCGCUCCCAAGGCGACACGCAUCGAGAUUCGUGUACCGGGUGCAGAUAUCGUUCCUCACUAUGCUAUGGCUGCUUUGUUGGGGCUCGGAUUGCGUGGUAUUGAGAAGAAGUUGGCGUUUUCCAUGCCACCGCUAGGCCAUACACCAGAACCAGGCACCCCAGCCAAGUCUUCAAUCCGACUCGCCAAAGAUUUGAAGGAAGCGACUGUCAAGUUCAUGGCUCCUGGAUCAUUGGCGCGCGAGGUGCUGGGGGAUGCUUUCGUUGAGCAUUUUGGGUUUACGAGGCAGCAGGAAAUCAAGCAGUGGGAGAUGACCGUAACGGACUGGGAAGUCUCGCGAUACAUGGAAACGGUAUAGGGCCUUGAUUUUAUAGACAAAACGGACGAUGUUUACCUUCGUGUUGUACAUCUUGCCGGGCCGACGAUCGAUCUCUCAUAUGACGACAUGCUCCCGCGGUUCCUUCUUUUCAACGAUUCGCGAGUGACUCUUGAUAACGAGCUCCGAGUACUUUCUAUCCUCUUGUUUACCUUCCCUCGCUCAUCCAUAGUAGAAAGACCAAUAGCAAGCAAGGCAGCUCUCAAUAAAC